AUGAAACAAGUAAGGCCAUACACAAAAUAUGGUGCUAUUGUUCCCAUUAUUUUUUCGUUUGUUCGGAUGGACAACAUAGAAUCACUGAAACUUGACGAAAUAGAUAUUUUCCUGGAAGAAAAAAUAUCUGACGAACCGCCAGUGAAUGACGAACGCAUUGCACGCGUAUUGACCGAGUCUAACAGAUUGUUUAACCACAUAGUUUCACAAAUUAUCUACUUAUACUACCAAUCGUUCCACUACGACUUUGGUUUAAAUUGUAAAAAUAUUCAUCUUCUGAUUAAACGUCUACAUAACACUCUAUCUCACUGUAUAGAUUACAAGGAACCUCCAAAUUUGUCAAUUAAAAAGUUGCUGUUUGAAAUAGAAAAUUAUUCGCUCGAUAAAUCAUUAAAUGAUCCUGAAAUAAACGAGUCACUCGUUUAUUUCCCUAAAAAGUGUCCCAUCACUCAAAUACACUUCACUGAUCCUGUCACACAGAGAUUUUCCCUAGACCCGGAGGCCUGUCCUCAUACUUACGAGCGUACUGCCAUCGCUAGAUACCUUAACAGUUGCGACAAGAAGAUCUGCCCUGUGGCAGGCUGUGGAAGGUUUGUUAAACCAACCAAUUUGACAAAGGAUUGGGAUGUUUUGCAUACAAUUUAUGUGCAUGAUUUAAAUUGUCUAGCGACGACCAACCACUAA